UACAAGAACUGGAAGGUAAGAGCCAAGCGCCGAGCUCCCUGAGCGGAACCUCAGCGCGGCUGCGCAGAGCACGUGCGCAUCCUCGCUGGGCUCCCGGCGAUUGGCUGUGACGUAACUUCCGGUGUGAGCGGCGAAAGCCGGGAGGGCGAGUGAGAGAGGGAGCAGGCAGCAGGCAGCAGGGACAGGCAGCAGGCGGGCUGGCUGACCGACGGCACGAAGGGAGGGAGCAAGUGAUCAGUGAGUGACCCAGCGAGGGAGGCCGCGUCCUGAAAGCAGCCGAGAUUCUCCCUUCCUUCUGACACCCUCCCCGGAGCCCACAGCGCCUCCGGUCUCCAGCGGAGCGGACACGGCCCGGCCCGGCCAUGGCCUCGUUGCUGAAGGUGGAUCAGGAAGUGAAGCUCAAGGUUGAUUCUUUCAGGGAGCGGAUCACAAGUGAGGCAGAAGACUUGGUGGCAAAUUUUUUCCCAAAGAAGUUGUUAGAACUUGAUAGUUUUUUGAAGGAACCAAUCCUAAACAUCCAUGACCUAACUCAGAUCCACUCAGACAUGAAUCUCCCAGUCCCUGACCCCAUUCUUCUCACCAACAGCCAUGAUGGACUGGAUGGCCCCACUUACAAGAAGCGAAGAUUGGAUGAAUGUGAAGAGGCCUUCCAGGGAACCAAGGUGUUUGUGAUGCCCAAUGGGAUGCUAAAAAGCAACCAGCAGCUGGUGGACAUUAUUGAGAAAGUGAAGCCUGAGAUCCGGCUGCUGAUUGAGAAAUGCAACACGGUCAAAAUGUGGGUACAACUCCUGAUUCCUAGGAUAGAAGAUGGGAACAACUUUGGGGUGUCCAUUCAGGAGGAGACAGUUGCAGAACUAAGAACUGUUGAGAGUGAAGCUGCAUCUUAUCUGGACCAGAUUUCUAGAUAUUAUAUUACAAGAGCCAAAUUGGUUUCUAAAAUAGCUAAAUAUCCCCAUGUGGAAGACUAUCGUCGCACCGUGACAGAGAUUGACGAGAAAGAAUAUAUCAGCCUUCGGCUCAUCAUAUCAGAGCUAAGGAAUCAAUAUGUCACUCUACAUGACAUGAUCCUGAAAAAUAUUGAGAAGAUCAAACGGCCCCGGAGCAGCAAUGCAGAGACACUGUACUGAGGCCGGGGCCAGGGUCAGGGGACUCUGUGAGUCUGGCUCAAGACCGACAUUGCCUUGGUUUGUUACAUGACUAUCGUGAUGGGGAAACUGGCUGGAAAUAGUAAUCACACCUCUCUCUGUUUUUAGUUAGAGUCUAAUGAAACUCUCAUGUAGU